UUCCCGGUCUGUUCCAGGSCCAGCCUGCCCUGCAGUGGAGGCAGCUGGACUUUGCCCCACCGGAAGACGCUGCGUGCGAUGCCGGCAGCGCCUGCACCUGUCACCUGAGUGUGCCAUGGAGGUCCUUUGCAGCGUGUCCCCCGAAAUCCUGGUGCCGGCUGCCAACGAGACGCUGGACGUGGCGCUGGGGAGCCGGGUGGAGCUGAACUGCACCGUGCGCUGGGUGGGCACGGAGCGCUGCCAGCCCGUUCCUGCCUGGAGCAAGGACGGGCAGUGGCUGGGCAAUGGGAGCAGCCAGGACACCGCCUGGUCUGGCCAAAACGCCUCGGAGCAGYUCCUGGCCAGCGUCCUGCGGCUCAACCUCACCCACGACGGCGAUUUYGGGGUGUUUGCCUGCUGGAUCAGCAAUGCCACAGCCACCUUCACCCUGCGGCGCAUGGAGGCGGUGGGGCACCUGCCGGCAGUGCUGGCGGCCCUCCUGGUCCUGGUGCUCCUGAUGCUCCUGGCUGCGCUCUACAUCCGRUGCCGCCUGAACGCGCUCCUCUGGUACCAGGACCGCUACGGAGAGCUGGAGAUGAACGACGGAAAGCUGUACGACGCCUACAUCUCCCACGCCACCGCCCCCGAUGACCGCAAGUUCGUCCACUUCAUCGUGAAGCCGCAGCUGGAAAACCGCUAUGGCUACAAGCUCUUCCUGGACGAGCAGAACAUCCUGCCCAACUCAGAGCCGUCAGCCGACCUCAUCAUGAACGUCAGCCGCUGCCGGCGCCUCAUCGUGGUGCUCUCCAUCACCUACCUGGAGCAGGACUGGUGCAACAGCAGCUUCAGGGAAGGGCUCUGGAGGCUGCUGGAGCUUUCCAGGAAACCCAUCUUCAUCGUCUUUGAGAGCCAGUACCGGGAGAUCACCCACCCCGCCAUCACCCUGCUGAAGCAGCACCGCAGCGCCGUGACCCUGCUGGUGUGGAGGGCCGGCUCCAUGACUCCGUCGUCUGAUUUCUGGAAGGAGCUGUGCCUGGCCCUGCCGCGCAGGGUGUCCUUCCCAGGGAGCGUGGGGGACCCGCAGACCCAGCUGCAGGAGGACAAGGACCCCAUGCUGAUCCUGCACAGCAGCUACCUGGACAGCGCAGGAGACCUGGACCCCAGCGGGGACCUCGGCACAGGCCUGCGAGGGCGUGUUUUCGGAAGCCCCCCGCCGCCCCGCCUCGGCGCUCCCAGGGCGUCCAGCAGCACGGAGGAUGCGCAGCUGCGGGACAGGCAGCGCUCCGAGCUCGAUGUCUCGGAUCUGGGAUCGCGCAACUACGGAGCCCGCACGGACUUCUACUGCCUGGUGACAGAGGAUGACAUCUGAGCAGGGCCACGGGCCAGCCACGCAGCGUCCCCCAUCCCCAUGGGGACACACGGGUCACRGCCGAGGAGCCCGGGAGUUACGAUGGGAUCGGAGCCACGGCCAUGCUGGGAAAGCAGGAGCAUCACCCRGAACACCCUGCCCGUAGUGCCUCAGUGCCAUCCCUGGGUGUCACCCCUGAGUGCUGGGCCCUGUCCCUUGCCGUGGGYGGCAGGGACAUUCUUCCUGCGUGAUGGACAAGUGCUGGGAUGAGCAAUGCUCUCCGAGGAACACCGUGCCCCAGCCCUGGGGAGCACCCAACAGGAGCGGUGGCAGCACCUUUGUCCCGUGGAAACCCCCGUGACAAUAAAAGGCUGCUGCACCCAGGGGUCUGUCCAUGGUGGGGACACAGGUGACACUGGCAGGGUGACAUGGGGUGGUCUCCCCACCAC